UUAUCUCUUCGCUCCACCACACUUCACCUCCCCUCUGGUUUAGAAAGUGACUCAGCAGACAAAUUCGUGCGUAUGGGCUGCGAACUCCGACAACACCCAGUCGCUCACUCCAAUGCCCAUCACCAGCGUUUGUCAGGAGCCAAUCAGCGCCAAGCUCUAGCAGCUGCAGCUGUUGCAAAUGCGGACUUGAUGACACAGUCGCUCAUAGACUGGCCUGGCUGUGACGACACCACCUCAGCAUCUGGUCUCCACCAUCAACGUCAACAACAGCGUAUUUGUCAUCGCAUGAAGGCUGUUCACCUCACAGACUCUGGUCUCGUUCUUUCGCCCCAAGACGCAACCUCCUUGCCCGUUUACCACCAUGGACGAAGGAUCUUCUUUUCUUCGUCCUCUUCAAAUAAAACUUCUCCCGGUGAUAUGCCUCCAGGAGGAUACUUCUUUCAAAGCCAGGUUUCCUGUCCACCCCAUCUGGGUGGGAAGAUAAAUGUUGAUGAGGCUGUGUGGGCUGACGGCAGUGUAUUUGAGUAUCAGACGGCUCCUGCCCACGCCUACCCUGGUCAGGCCUACAUGCUCUGGCCACCACAUCAAUUUGUGAGUGGCCGGAGAAGACGAAACCAGAACCACCACCCCACUCAACCAAUCAUCGUUCCGACUGGGGACGAAUCUGCCUUACCAAUUGAGAAGAGGUCUACCUCUGUCAAGUCUGGUGUUGGUCAUAAUGGACGUCCACAAGUCCUUGUCACUGGACGCCACCGUAGCAAACGAGCUGCUGAUUUGGCCGCUCUCGUAUCUUUGCCCGUGGAGGAACAACCUUGGGACAGUCAAGAUAUUGCAAUUUCUGCUACUUCUAGAUGGUUCCAUGGUCGCCUCCCACGAGCAGAGGCUGAGUCCUUGCUGCGAUCGGCUCCACCUGGCAGUUUUCUUGUACGAACUAGCGAAUCAAGCAAGGCGGCGUUCUCGUUAUCUAUCAGGCGUGACAGAGACUUCCUGCACAUGAAGAUUUCAUACGACCCGAAAUCCGAAGCCUACAUUCUCGGCGAAUACAGCCAGCCGUACCCGACCGUUCCCAUAAUGGUGCACCAUUAUACCCGGAACCUCCUGCCUGUGCGCGGCACGAAACCAGUCCUACUGAAGUACCCUCUCUGCCGUGCUAUGAGUCCUUUCACCUUGCAGACCCCCUGA